GAACAAUGGAAGAGACAGAACGGAGAGGCAUCCUUCCAAUGGGCUUUGCAGCAGGGACCCUUUGUGCGCCAGGGGAGGAGCAGAGGGCAAAGCAGAGGAGAAGCUAACCCCAUCGGAGCAGAGCAGUCAGGGUCUUUUCUGCUUAUGUGCUCGGAAGUGAACAUACGUAUAUACCUUUACUGGGAAGCAGACCUCUAGUACAAACUUUAACUUGCAUUUUGUGAAGACAGAUUGCCUUAAAUAUGUAUUCAGUCUCUUUUGCCCGAUCAAAUAUGGCUCUGGAUACAGACAGCUCCGAAGCCAAUUUCAAAUCAAGGCUGGAGUCACGGCUGGAGUCUCGGCAAACAGGAGAUGUGUUUACCAUUCCCUCAACAAAGUCUUUCUCUAGACAAGAAGUAGAAAAGCCAGAUGCUGCUCAGGAGUCAAAGGUGUGUUUUGACAAAAACCCCUUUAAAAUCCCAUCGAAUAUUGAUAUCUUCUUAUUGCGAGACCAACAGAGGGAAAAGGCAAAAGCGGAGCGAGAGCGAAGGAAGACACUGAAGGUCCAUGAAAAGAUGACUUGCUCCACUCUGCAGAAUACCAAGCACUCUGGGUUCAAGAAAGAGAUCCAGAUGGAAGAAGAAGCUGAGGACAAAGAGCUGGCAGCAGAAGCAGAACGGCUUAAAGCUCUGCGAGAAAGCAUCUCAUGGAAGAUAGCAAUCACCAAAGAUCAAGUUGUAGAAAAAGAGCCCAUUCAUGACUACAUCAAUCAGAAACGACAGAUGUUCUUGCUGCAGUAUGCUGUAACUGUAAAAAAAGAUGAAAUUCAGAAAUUGGAAAAUCUGGCAAUUGAAGAAGAAGCCAAGCUGGAAAAAGCAGAGGAAGAACUAGAGAGGGACGCUGCCAUGUUUGAUGAGUUCCUGAAGGAGAAUGACAAAAAUUCUGCCCAAGCCCUGAAAAUUGCUGAAAAAGAAACCAAAGCCAAACUGGAGAAAAUAAUUGAGAUCCGGGAACUGACAGCACAAAUGAUGAACCUCCAAAGUGAGAUAGCCAGGUUUGAGGACACUUUGCAGGAGUAUGUGGUAUUUAAGGACUUCCUCUACCAGCUGUCCCCCAAGGACUGGCGGGAAGAUUAUGAAAAGCGGCAGAUAAAAGAAAAAGAAAAAGUAGUGAAAAUAACUCCUGGUCUGAUGGAUGACAAACCUGCACUGAUACCAUCAAAAAUACAAGAUCACCGAGAAAAGAGCAGGCGGCGGGCCAUGAGUAUAACAAAACGCUCCAGUUUUGACCUGUCCAGAACAGACCUUAGCUCCUCCAGGACACCAAGUCAAUUUAUGGCUAGAAGGGACUCUGUCAAGCAGAGCCGAAGGUCUUCAAGGCUGACUGCCCAGUCAUCUCAAAGCAGAAAACAAAGCAUGCAGGUUCCCACAACAGAUGAAAAGUUUACUCCAGACCUAUCUGAUGAUGAUGAUGAUGAUGAGGAACCUGAGCUAUACUUUACACAUCCACAGCAACUGUUGAAUCUAUUCACUGAGCUGGAAGAACAGAAUCUGUCCCUAAUUCAGAAUUCUCAAGAGACAGAGGAAACCUUGGAUGAGCUUCGACAUACGUUGACUAACACACGGAAUAAAAUGGACAAUGAAAUAGAACAGCUGAAACAGCUGACUGUCACUCUUCAGACCAACAUCAUUAAAGAAGAGGAGACUGCAGCAGAACUUGAACUCAAAGCACGUGUGUUUUCCUUUGGAGAAUACAAAGCGGAAGUUCAGGACAAAAUGUUGGUGAGCUUGCAUCGAAAGGUGCUGGAAGUCUAUCGACGCUGCAUUGGAGAAAAUGAGGCAAACCUAGGAACCGUGCAGAUGCUAACUGUUAUAGAACACCAGUUAGAUGACUUGCUGGAGUGUCUUGAGAGGGUACCCGCAGCAAAGAUAGAACAAGCUGAGAAAGCCAAAGAAAAAGAAAGACGGAUAAGAAUGAGAGAAGAAAAGAUAAGGCAACAGAGACUAUUGCAGGAGGAGAGGUUGCAGCGAGCGCUGGCAAGAGCACAAGCAGAUGUUAAGAAAAAGACUGGCAGAAGAUUGAUUUUCCGUUCUGAGCCUCCUGCCUUCAGAGAGAAGGAAGAUGAGGAUCAAGGGCUUAUUGACAAGGAAAAGGAAGAACUGCUCUACUACUUUACUUAGCAAGCUGAAAGCUGCAACAAACUAUGAAGCAUGCAGAAUGUGACAAAACUGAAUGGGGAGGACUUUGGGAGAGUCUGGAAAUUAUUUGAGAAGAAAACUACACCUCUUUUAAAUUGCAUUUCUUAAUACUAGUUACACACACAAGAUGACAAGAGUGCUUUAUGCUGUUUUAAGUUAGAAAAUCAAAAUCCUUUCACAGUGGCCUUGUUAACAAAAGUUUACAAGAUUGCUGAAGCAGUAGGACCCCCCCAAGGUUAGCAACAGAAAGCUAAGUUGCACAUAUAUGUAAAUUCUGGAACUAAAAAAAAAAGCAGUGGCAUGAACAAG